AAAUGGAGUCCAUACAGAGUGAAACCUUACCUAAGGAUGAGACAAACCAGGAAUACAGAGUGCAAAUAACGUCGAAGAAACAAAUAAUCGAGCAGAUGAAUAAAUAUAAAGAAAUUCUGAAGACGGCUCUCGACGGACAGUCGGACGUUGCGGAGGAGACGAAACGAGUUUUACUGCAGGAGCUGCUGGCGAACUUUGAGGCGGCUGUUCAGGACAACGUCUUGGUGAACGGACAGCCCUGGGAGGAGGCAGCUGACGUCGAAGCAGAGGAUGUUGAUCUGGACAGCCUGCUGGAUGACACCAUUGUUGAGACCACCAGGAGGCGCCGUGCCUUCCCAAGAAAGAUCCUGCCCCAUGUGGUCCACUCCCUCAAAGCUGAGCGGAAACUCAUGGGGCUGUAUGAGCAAACAGUCAAACCUCAAGAGGUGGUCAAAGAUCCUGAUCAAGAAUGCAUCAUGAAUGAUUUGUCAGCAGCAGCUCCUGGGAUGUUUAAACAGGCCAUCCAGGUCAUAAAGUCAAUCAGCACUCUGCAGAAACAAGCUGAAGGCCUCUGUGAGAUCCUCAACAUGAAAUCAAGUCACACCACUCUGGAGAUCCACAGAGAAGUGUUCGGUUCCAACGGCCAAUCGGACGCUGCCCUCCCUCCUGUGAAUGGAGCGCCUACGAACAGGCAGCCAAUCAAGAGAGCCGCAGAGGAAGCGGAAGCCAGAGGCUGCUAUGUGCCUCUCAGUAAGAAACCUGUGGGAGAGGGCGAGCCAGAGUGACACUUCCUGCAUCCGUUUACCACAGAACAUCAAGACGGUGUGAUGUAAUCGACCAAUACGUUUUUUUAUUUCUGCACAGUUUUUUUUUUUUUUUUUCAAGAAUAGAAA